AUGGGGCUCAACAAUUGCUGCUUUUGUAUUCCCCUCAGAGCUGGUGUUACUGCGAUUGCUGUUUGUUCAUCUGUGUUGUACAUUGGAAUCCUGAUUUGGCUGCUGAAAGAGCGUCAAGUGAUCUAUAGCUUACACGAUGAAUCAGCAGCUCUCGCUGUAUUUUGGAGUUUGGUAGCAGUGAUCGGUCUCUAUUCCGUCAGUGCGUUGUUUGGUGUGAUUGGCGGCAUUACGCAAAACAGGAGUAUGAUCAAUAUAUUUCGAUUUCUGUAUUGGACGGUCGUGAUACUACUCUUAUUAUCAUCCAGUGCAAUAUGGAUUUUCAUGCUGAUCAAGCAGAACAGCAUCAUUGACGAAUGCCAACAGUAUCUCAAUGACAGCACCAUCAUCACAUCUAGCCAACAGGGCCUGAUUCAGGAGGAUUGUCAUACAGCCACCAAGCAGAUUCUGAUUGCAGGCGGUAUCGUGGUAUUUGUAGGCAACUUUAUUCAAAUCUACUUUGCCUCCAUCAUCAAUGCCUACGCUACUCGAUUGGGGCAACAUGGCAGUUUUCAGCAUCACCAAUUACAUAACCUGGAUGAUUUCCCUGAGACCUCCAUCAAGACUAAUUUAUACUAG